UCUGUCAAAGAGGCGAAGCUUUCAAAAGAAACGGCAUUUCUCUCGUUCGUCUUUGCGACAAGCUGUAGCGUUCUUCCAAUCAGCACCCCCGCCUUCACCCGACCGCCUACCGCAGCCCGACCAACGUUUCUCGUGACCCGAUAGCAAAUAUGGCAGGGUUAUUUCAAAGGGUCUACAAUUGGCUCAUGCGCAUGUUCUGGGCGAUGGAAAUGGAAGUGACGAUGGUUGGUUUACAAAAUGCUGGAAAGACCUCAUUAUUACGAGUUCUCGCUGGCGGUGAAUUCACUCUCGACUCCAUCCCCACCGUUGGCUUCAACAUGAAAAAGGUACAGCGUGGACAUGUUACCUUGAAGUGUUGGGAUAUUGGCGGCCAGCCCCGGUUCCGAACCAUGUGGGAAAGAUAUUGUCGAGGCGUGAGCGCCAUCGUCUUUAUCGUGGAUAUUGCCGAUACACCAUUGAUUCCCCAGGCGAAGGAAGAGCUCCAUGAUCUCAUGAGCCGCAAGUCGCUUGAGGGUAUACCACUUCUCAUCCUGGGGAAUAAGUCCGAUCUUCCGGACAAGCUUUCGGUGGAUGAGUUGAUUGACGAGCUAGACCUGAAGAGCAUACGUGGUCGUGAGGUGUGCUGCUAUGGUAUCAGCGCGAAAGAAGAGACAAACCUUGACGCAGUAGUCGAGUUUCUAAUGAAGUAUGCCACGCGACCAUAAUCAGCGCCAUAACUCGCUGGUGUGGUGGCUGUAACACUCGCUUGGGGAUGUUUCCAGGCCCUCUGAUUCAACAGGUAACAAGUGUCCAAGUCUGUGCUAGUUGUUCCAAUAACUGCCAGACAAAGGCCUCGCUUGUUUGCGUCUCGGGCCAACAACAGAGCACAAGACCGGCUUAUGACAAGCGAGUGAAAAGACCAAGGGUAAACAUAUAUAAAUUCCUCUCUCACGAGCUCAUGAUUUUUCCAGAUAUCUGUUGGCCCAUAAGCAACUUUUCCCGGGGUUUCGAAGACUUCUUCGCUGUUCUCAUGCCGCCAUUACCCAGGUCCUGGAAAAACAUGACACUUUUCUUUG